AAAGGCAAACCGAAAAAACAGAACCGGUUAUUAUCAAGUCUUUCUCUUCUCUAUCCAAAUAACAUCCACUUGUACCAAUCUUAUCGACAAACAAUCGACCAAUAACUACCCACGUGUCAUCACGAUACGAUUAUUAUCCUCUCUGAUCCAACGGACCCAAAACAUCUCUCUCUCUUUCUCUACCUUUUGUCUCCUCGAUCUAAAAUGGCGGAUUCGGACAACGAUUCAGGAGGACACAAAGACGGUGGAAAUGCUUCAACACGUGAGCAAGAUAGGUUUCUACCGAUCGCUAACGUUAGCAGGAUCAUGAAGAAAGCACUUCCGGCGAACGCAAAAAUCUCCAAGGACGCUAAAGAAACGGUUCAAGAGUGUGUAUCUGAAUUCAUAAGUUUCAUCACCGGUGAAGCUUCUGACAAGUGUCAAAGAGAGAAGAGGAAGACAAUCAACGGUGACGAUCUUCUUUGGGCGAUGACUACGCUAGGGUUUGAGGAUUACGUGGAGCCUCUAAAGGUUUAUCUGCAAAAGUAUAGGGAGGUGGAAGGAGAGAAGACUACUAUGGCCGGUAGACAAGGCGAUAAGGACGGUGGAGGAGGCGGUGGAGGAGCUGGAAGUGGAAGUGGAGGAGCUCCGAUGUACGGUGGUGGUAUGGUGACUACGAUGGGGCAUCAAUUUUCCCAUCAUUUUUCUUAAUUUGUUAAUUGUAAAAUGAUAUAAGCAAAUUUUCAUUUUUAUUAAUUAAUGAUAUAUAUGUUU